AUGGCGGCUCCGGAUGGGCGGAUCCAGGUCUUCAACGCCGAGUCCACGAGCGGCGCGGCGCCCAUUCCGGAGCUUCCCAGCCACCAGCUGGAGGAGUUCUUCCAAGCAAGGGCUGCCACGUUCGACAUUGGAGCACGUGCCUCCUGCGCCAGCAAUGUCAGCUCCUUGAUCGUGGACAGCACCCACCAGCGGAUCUUGGAUCUCAUGGUGCGCAGCGAAGCCAUGCAACGUCAGCGCGAGAGUGGGCAGAUCCGGACGGAUGCGGUGGAGCACGCGGUGACGGAGCUGCUGUCGAUGCUGCAUCGCUGCGACUUCUCCCGGCUCACCCAUUCCAUCAUCAACGAUAUGCGGAAAGUCGUGGUCUCCCACCUCGAAAGCGGUGCGACGAACGUCCUUUCCUUCGUGGAGACGCGUGGCGUGGACGCCCUGACCAGGAUGGAACAUCCUCAUUUGCACCGAUUGCUUUAUGGUUUGUGUAGCAUCCCUGCCAUCCCUACGAGGCUCGAAUGUAUGGACUUCGUCGCGAAGUUCCCUACUGAGCUUGAAAGCUGCAAGGAGGCUUUGCAGAUCCUGCGGGCAGGCCUUCAACAGAUCCGUGAUCGACAAGAAGCAUUUCGCUCCUUUUGGACUAUGGCCAUGCAAUUGGGGAACACGCUGAAUGGAUCUCAUGCCGAUCAAGGAUUCAGGCUAAGCAGUUUGUCCAAGCUUUUGGAGUUGAAGUCUCCCUUCCGCAAGGAGAUGAGCUUCUUCCACUUCGUUCUGCUGCAGCUGAGAUCCUCAACGCUUGAUCUUCUCACAGAGCCUGAGUUACUGGAUGCGUUGAGACAAGCCAGUGGCAAACGAACUCAUACAGUGCACCAAGAUGUGGUUGUACAUUUGGAUGGCUUCCGCCACCUGGAGCGGCUGGUCAGCAACGGCACAUUCAAAGGUGAAAGCAUCCCACCAAUGAGGGAUGGCGAGGAUCCCUUUCACCAGUCCAUGGCGGAGUUUGUGCAAGAAUCGAAGGAGGCAUGUGCGGACUUGUGGAGCACAAGCCUUCAAGUCUUUCAGGGCUAUCGAGAUAUGGGCCUCUUCUUCAAUGACCUGGCCUACGUAUACCCUCCGCCUGGGGGAAUAGGGGAGGAUGAUAAGCGCAAGGAUCUCUUUUCAGUUUUGUCAAGCUUCGUCUCAGAUUGCACCCGAGCACGGCAGGACAUCGUGGACUUCAGCCUUCGCGCUCAGAUCUUGGACAGCGGUUUCAGCCUUCCCUCCGACGCGCCGCCGGACGCGGCGCAGGGCGCGGGCACGGUGGUCACGUCGCCGCGGAGCUCCUUCUCUACUCCGCCCAGGGCCUACAGCCCAGAGCAAAGGCCCUGUGUGGGCAUUGGUGACGAGCUCGAACCCAAUGUUUCAAUCUUCAACUGCGAGCCCUUGGGAAGUCCCUUGGACCCUGUGGCCGCCUCGCCCAGCAGAGAGGGCCCGCUGCUCCGAGCUCCCUGCUCCAUGCCCUGCGUGGCAACGCCGACCGUGCCACCGCCCAACCGAUUGGCCGCGAGCUUGAAGCCAUGCAGUCCGAACCAUCCCAAAGGUGCACCAUCCUGGCAACAAAACUUGCCCGGCACACCGACACUCUUGAUGAGCCCGACCACUCCGCAGGGAGGAACAGUAGGAAGACACUGCAGAAGUCCAGAGCAAGAAUACAACAGGGUCACGCGGAAAAGCCUGGCCAGCUGCGUUUCGAAGGUCGCCGCCCAGGCGAUCGGCAGCAGCAAUGCCCAUGUGCGCGAGCCACGCGAGUCUGGGACUGAAAUGGAGUUCCUCAGUUCCAGCACCAAUGACUUUAGCUCCGUGGCUGCAAGGGGCAUUCGUUCAGACGGCGAGGCCCAGGUUCGCAAGAAGAAAACUGUGCAACGAGAUGCGCGCCGAGAAACCCAGCGGGCUGAGCGUGUCGGAGACCUGCUCGCUUUGAGUCCGGAGCUUUUGUUGUUGGCACGGCAGUUCUUUGCCUUGCAUGCUUUGCUGGGCUUGCUAGGUCUUUUGGUUGAGGCCUUGGCGCAGACCGUGACCUUGGCAGGCCUUUGGAAUGUGGCAUUUCCCGUCACUGGAAUGCACUUCGCACGAGAGAACGGCGGAACCAAUCGAGCCGUACGCUGGUGGAUUGCUUAUUGGCUACUGGAGACCUUGUUCAGCUUCUUCCAGGGCCUCAGCAGGGGCGACACAAAUCUGCGAGUGCUGGCACUCUAUGGCCUGCAGUGGUUGGCCUUGGCCAGGCUUUGGUGCUGGCUGCAUGUGCAGCAAACCUCCUCGGUACAGUUCUACUUGAACAUCGUCAUUGAGAGUGGCAAGGAGCAUUGGCUGAGCCGGGCCACUGCCAGCACCAUCCGCAGCACUCGCAGCACGUCUGUCGACCUGUUGGCUGACAAGACCUUUGCGGAUGACAAGUACGCCUCGCGCUUAGCCGAAAGCGUCGAGAACAUGAUCCGCGACAAGCUCCGGGAUGAGGCGGCGAUCAUGGCCAAGGCCAAGAAGCAUUUCCAGCGCGGGAAUCUCAUCGUCGUCCUUGUUUCCAUCGAGCGGAUCGAUAUGCGGAAGAUGCUCGAGCUGAAGGGUGAGCAGCAUCGUCUACGGCGAGUGGAUCUGAUCAUGAAAUGCCUUCGCUUCAUACCCAUUCCGCUGAAAUUCGAUGUGGAGGAAGUACUCCUCACCCAGCUUUGUCGGAACAUGAUUGGGAACGUGCCAUCCCAGCUCACUCGACAGAUGUGUGAGAUCGGAGGGGUGAAUGUGGAUGUUGAAGCCAAGUCGAAAGAUCAACAGGCUGACUACCUACUGGAAGCGAUGCGACAGCUCGACGAGGAAGACAUCCAGGAGGCCAAGAACCGGCGGAGUUAUGCCUUUGGAGGCGACGAGGUUUGGCCCUUCUUCUGUGGCUAUGGCCAUGCCAAGGUGUCCCAAGCGACAGUUGAGAGUGACCUUUUGGGCAAGACAUGGCAAGGCUGUGUUGAACUCUUGGCUUUUGUAGAGGCAUUCCCUGCCGUGACUUCUUGGGUUUUGAGGUUUGUCGUCCUCGCAAAGCGCCAGAUCCAGUUUCGCCAGAUCGAGUCAGUCAGAACACUCACAUCAGGGAGGAAGGUCCAGUCACCCGGAAGGGAUACAAGACCUGCACUCUCAGCUGAGACACGAAGUCGUGAAGCGAAGGCGGAGAUCCAAUGGCUCCAUGACGAGCAGCGUGCACGAGCUGCCCAGCACGCAGAGCACGCCUCGGAGCUCUCUGGGCGGAAUGGCCGAGAGCUACCCAGGACUCCUCCCCUGUCACCAGUGAAGGAACGUGGAGAAACUCCAUAUCGCACCGUGGCACGCAAAGACAUUCUUCAAACCAAGGUGGUGUCAAACACCGCUGCGACAUCUCCCUUGAGUGAGAACCAUGCCUUCCAACACGCAACGAACGGUCUGACUCCCUUUGUGGGUAGGUCGGGACGUCAGGUGGUUCAUGUGGCCACCGUCGACCCUGAGGCUGCAACUCAAGCGGGUGAAGAUUCUCGUCGUGGCAUUUUCGCACAUGCGUUGCUUUUGGCGAUCGACAAGCUGUCCCGCGUGGGGCGCGACAACUACUCUGUUGGCAUGCUCUUCAAUGCCUGGCUCUUGGAAGCUGAGCAGGUCUUUAAGGGCCUGCAGGAGAUGGAGAUCCUAACUCCUGAGUUCUUCUCCCCGGACGCCAUGGCCUGGCCUUUGGUACCACCAGCCCGGGACGCCCGGUCGCUGCGGAGCGGAGGGACGGCAUGUGAGCCGCUGGCGAGGCCAGGUCGUUCGGUUCGCCGGUUUUCGCGUCCAAACUUGGGGUCCUCGAGUGCCACUUUCGGUGCCGCCGGACAGCUCCCCGAGGAGUUGAAGAAGUUGGGGUUCUGGAAGUUUCAUGAGUCCCCGCAGCCCACGACGGCAGCUUUGGUGCCGGGGACCGCAGAGAGCGGGUCCCGUUUCGGGUGGGCAGAAACCAUCGACCGUGCAGGCAUGCAGAGGACACUCUCGCAGAUGAUGACCAAGGAAUUUUUACUGAUCUCUCGUGGCAUGCAGGUUGCCGAAAACAAGGCCAAGCUCUUCAAGAGCAAGUCCAGCUUCAACACCACCUUGACGGCCCUUGUAUUGGGUGAUGCAGCUCAGGGUACCCUGCCUGCGGCGAACGACCAAGUCGUCCACGCCUUGGAUCGGGUGAGCCAAGUUUGGGUGACCAUGGAGGAGUUGUUGCGAAACAAUGUGGACACGGUCAGAGGUCCACAAGGCUUGGUCAACAUGAGAGUGCUGGAGGAACUGGCAUAUUUGAACGUGCCAUUGCUGGAUGCUUCAGACCAUGUGGUGAGCACCUUGGUGGACGCGGCCAAGGUCGCGGGUGAGGCCACCAGCGGACUUGUGGUCGAUGUCGCUGGGCGCCAGCGGUCACUGAUCCAACGGAUGGCCAAGGAUGUCUUGUUUCUGUCACAAGGUGCCUCAAUGGCCUACAACAUGCAAGCAUUCAGACAGACCAAGAGCCUCUUCGAAGACUCCCACCGCGGCAUCAUUGAGGGUGUUGCCUUUGUAGGGCUUCCAGUCUUGGACCAAGUGUGCACGCUGCACCAGAUGUAUGAGGUGAGUUACUACUACUCCCAGAUGCGGCCCUUGCUGACGGAAAUCACCAAUGCGAGGACCGCCACGGCGAGCCAGGCAGCUGCGGAGCAUGUGGUGGAGCAGGUGCUGGAGCUCAUGGACCCCUUGUUUGUCUCCAUGGUGAAGGCUGUUCCGUGGAAGGCGCGCAAUGUGAGCGCCACAGCCUUUGCAUUGAAUAUGGCCAGUCAUCAAGCGGAGCUGGCCUCGACUGUGGUGGAGUACAGCUUGCUCGUCUACUCGGGCCACGAAGCAGAAGAGAAUUGGCGUUCGUUGAAUCGAUCCAUUAAGGCCCGCAGCGCGGCCCGCAGCGCUUGA